CGCAUAAUAAGUGUCGUUGCCCCUUUAACAGUAACUCCGACCUUUUUCAGUGUUUAGGCGCGAGAUGUGUCGCAGGCAGACAGAACUGUUCCGUAUCUUCGAAGAUAAGUUGAAUUUAAACCAGUCAAUGAAAAGUGACCAAAAUGGCAUUAAGUUUGAAAGUUUGAUAUAAUGCGCAGAUAACGAAUGUUCACAAAGUGAACCUAUUAUCUGUUGAUUGUUUACACAUCUGCUUAAUCUGGUUUUGAACGGCCUAUGAACUGACGUCCGUGGACCUCAGCUCAGCUGUUGAGAAUCAGAUUGAGGCCUUUCGCCUAUUGCCUGGACAGAGAUAUAUGGACUUGUACAUGAUGAAUUGCGAACUCUUGGCAACGUGCAGUGCCCUCGGCUUCUUGGAAGGAGACACCUACCACCGUGAACCGGACUGUCUUGAGAGUGUGAAGGACCUGAUCCGGUACCUGCGGCAUGAAGACGACACGCGCGACAUUCGGCAGCAGCUGGGGGCGGGGCAGAUCCUGCAGAACGACCUGCUGCCCAUUAUCACCCAGCACCACCAGGACAAGCCCCUGUUUGAUGCUUGCAUCCGGCUAAUGGUCAACCUUACCCAGCCUGCAUUGCUCUGCUUUGGGAAGGUGCCAGAUGACCCAGCUUUCAGACAUCAUUUCCUGCAGGUCGUGUCCUACCUGCAGGCCUACAAGGAGGCUUUUGCCAAUGAGAAAGUGUUUACUGUGCUGAGUGAGACGCUCUACAACCUCCUGCAGCUGGAAUGGGAGCAGAGACAGGAAGAGGACAAUCUCCUUAUCGAGCGGAUCUUGCUCCUCGUCAGGAACGUGCUGCACAUCCCUGCGGACCCGUACGAGGAGAAGAAUGUGGACGACGACGCCAGCGUCCACGACAAGCUGCUGUGGGCCGUGCACAUGAGCGGCCUGGACGACCUGUUCAAGUUCCUGGCCAGCGCCCAGAGCGAGCAGCAGUGGAGCCUGCACGUGCUGGAGGUCGUUUCCCUCAUGUUCAGGGACCAGACCCCCGAGCUGCUGGUGAGUGCGGGCCAGGCCCGGUCCGCUCAGGAGAAGCAGAAAGACCACCAGGAGCUGGAGGCGCUCAGGCAGAAGGAGCUGGCGGCCAAGAGGACCCGGAACUUCCAGAGGGGAACCAGGCACUCUCGCUUUGGAGGCUCCUAUGUGGUGCAGGGGCUGAAGUCCAUCGGGGAGAAUGAUGUGAUCUAUCACCGGGGGCUUCACAACUUUAAGAACUACACCCACGACAUGGGCAAGGCGGUGCGGCGGGUGCCCAAGCGGCAGAUGCGGGCGCGGGACCGCGAGGGCCAGAGGCGCUCCGCCCUCAGCGUGCGCCUCUUCCUGCGCGAGUUCUGCAUCGACUUCCUGGAGAACUGCUACAACCGCCUCAUGUACCUCGUCAAGGAGAGUCUGGUCCGGGAGCAGGCGCAGCAGCACGAUGAGACCUACUACCUCUGGGCCCUCAGCUUCUUCAUGGCCUUCAACCGGGGCCACAACUUCCGGCCCGACCUCGUCUCCGAAACCAUGUCCAUCCGCGCGUUCCACUUCAUCGAGCGCAACAUCACCAACUACUACGAGAUGAUGCUGACCGACCGCAAGGAGGCCACCUCCUGGUCCCGCAGGAUGCAUCUGGCCCUGAAGGCCUAUCAGGAGCUGCUGCUGACGGUGAACGAGAUGGACCGGUCACGGGACGAGAACAUCCGCCAGGGCUCCAACGUCAUCAAGAGCAACAUAUUUUACCUGAUGGAGUACAGGGAGAUCUUCCUGACCUUGCUGCGCAAGUUUGACGAGACCAAGCAGCCGCGCUCCUUCCUGCGGGACCUGGUGGAGACCACGCACCUCUUCCUGCGAAUGCUGGAGCGCUUCUGCAAGGGCCGUCGCAACCUGGUGGUGCAGAAGAAGAAGACGAAACGCAGGCGGUCUCACGGGAAGAAGAAGCCGCAGGUGGAGCACACGCCUGAGCACCUGGAGGAGACCUGGCAGGUGGUGUCCGAGGAGCUGAGGAACGCAGGGUUUCAGCUGUCCGCGUCGCUGACGGAGGGCGCGGUGCCGUUCGACGCCGCCUCGGACACGCCGAUGGAGGAGCAGCGCACCGAGGCCAUGGUGCGGGUGCAGGACGCCCUGCUGGCCCGGCUGGGACCCGAGGCUCUGGGCCUGCUCCGGGCGGCAAGGGAGGUGUGGCCGGAGGGAGACGUGUUUGGGUCAACCGACGUGGAGCCGGAGGAGGAGCUGCAGCUGCUGAAACAGAUUCUGUUCGCCGAACUUCCCAGGUCAGCCCCCGCCGAUCCUGUCAUAGAGGAUGAGGAGGGAGGCGGUGACAUGGAGGAAGAGGAAGAGGUGGAGUCCGUGCACGUGUCUGAGACGGAGUUCAACUUCCUGGACUACAUCAAAAGGUUCGCCAGCCCCAACAUCGUGCGCCCGUACCUGCUGCUGCUGAAGACGUACCCCCAGAACACGCCGCACACCAACCACUGCAUCACCCGCAUGCUGCACCGCCUGGCCGUCGACCUCAAGAUGGAGGCCCUGCUCUUCCAGCUGUCCGUCUUCUGGCUCUUCGACAAGAUCCUGGGGGACCCGGCGGCCGCCGCGUACAAGGAGCUGGUCACCUUCGCCAAGUUCGUGCUGAACCGCUUCUUCGCCCUGGCGGCGCAGAACGACAAGGCCUUCGUGGAGCUGCUCUUCUGGAAGAACGUCGGGGCCGUGCGCGAGAUGACCGAGGGGUACACCAAACCGGGGGAGGGGAACAGAGGAGAAAAGAGAGUUGUUUGGACUCAGGAGGAAGAGGAGGAGCUACGGCGGGUCUACGAGGAGUACCGGAACUCUGGAGUGCCCGACGUCGUGGAGACCAUCUUGCCGUUGCUGAGCAACACCACCCGCACGCGGCGGCAGGUCGUGGCGCAGAUGGUGCACAUGGGUCUGGUGGGCAGCGUGAAGGACCUGAAGAGAGAGAGGAAGGGGACUCGCAUCGUCCUGUGGACGGAGGAGCAGGAGCUGGAGCUGGAGACUCUGUUUGAAGAGUAUCAGAACUCUGAUGAUGUGCUGGGCAACAUUCUGAAGAAGCUGACCGCGCGGCGCUCGCGGGCGCGGGUGGUGGACAAGAUGCUCAGCAUGGGCCUGGUGUCCGACCGCAAGGAGCUGUACAAGAAGAGGCGUCGCACCGCCCCUGGGAAGUCCACCGGCAUGAGUGAAGAGGAGUUCUUCUCUGACCUGGCCGGGGGGGUACAGGACGAGCCCUCAGACAUAGAAGAGGAGGAGGAAGACUCUGAGGAGGAGGACGGGUCGGGGAGGAGCGAGGACGAAGGGGAGGAGGAGAGAGGGGCUCGGCAGAAGGGGAGCCGUGGCGGGGAGACACCGGCGGAGCGGAAUGCCAGCGUGGCGGCCAUGGUGCACGCUCUGCGAGAGGAAGGAAUGGCAGGACCCCUGCUGUGGCUACAGAACUGCCUGAACAGAACAGCAGAUGACCGUGAAGAAGAAGGCCUGGUCCAGGCCGUGCCGCUGGUCCCGCUGAUGGAGGAGAACGAGGACGCCAUGGAGACGGCCAGCUUCCAGCGCUUGCUGCGCAAACUGGGCGUCCGAGCGCCCGCCGACGAGCAGGAGUCCUUCUGGAGAAUUCCGGCGAAGCUGAGGCCGUCCCAGCUGCGUGCAGCUGCCUCCUGGCUGUCCCAGGACGUGGGAGCGGGGGAGAGGGGAGCGCAGGAGGAGCAGGGGAGUCCCGCCGCGGAGCCGGAGGGGGGGAGCGAUGACGUGGAGCAGAGGGCUCAGGUCCUGAGGGCUCUGCUGCUGGCCCGCAAGAGGAAACGCCCAACGGCAGCACACACUGAAAACCACUCCUCUCUCGAUGAUCUGGAGUCCACCUCUGAUGGAGACACUCCAAGAGCCGGAGACCGGGGCAAGGUUUCUGCAAAGAGGAGCAGAGUGCUGGACAGCGACGAGGAGAGAGAGGAAGCCUCAUCGGCGAAGGACGCUGGGCGCGACGUAGAACCAGAUUCGGACGAGGAAGCACAGUCUGCCCCCUCCAAGCGCAGACGCCAGAGGGCGUUCGUCGUCGAUGACGACGAAGACGAAGACUAGAAGACUAGAAGACUUUCACAUGCUGGGGUCCGGAGUUACGUCGGGGCCAAACCGAAACUCGGUGGGAGAUGACCCCCCCCCCCAACAACUCGCGCUCAUUAUCCCAGAGGAGGCAGGGAAUUGCAGGGGCCUGUGGCAACCCUGGGUCAGUUUCGGCUGUCCUCUCAUAAUGCGGUGCGGUUAGGACAUGGGUUUGAGAGGCUGAUCCUGGAUCUGAGGCCAAAUUCACGGAGAGGUGGGAAGCACGACUGACUGCUGAGCGAAGAACAAGUGGCAGCAGAUUGCAGGCAGCCCGUUUAGGUUCUAAACGAGCGUUCGUUAUUUUUUAAUGUUUCUGUAUAAUCAUGUGUUUUUUUGGUGCUAGGCUCCUUUGGGUGGUCCUGGCUUUGUGUUUAAUUGUAUCCUUGGCGUUGAGAUGGUUUGAAGCCCCACACACACACACACACACAGACGCACACAUAAAGGUCGAACGUUCGUAUCUUACGGCCAUCAGCCAGUUAUUACUUAAUUUUACCAGCGCUUUCUCCAGGCUGGGAGAGGAAACGGGGUGACUCCACCCACUGGCUGCAUCUGCAGUACUGUAUUAAGACCUCAGCAGAGGACCUCAGUGUGGGCUCCUCCUCUCUGUUUUACUGUGUUUAGGGUUUUGUUACUGUGUUUGAACUUCUAAAGACAAGUUUACAAGUAUUUUCAUACAGCUGGGUUCAAAGGACCAGAUAUAUGGAAUGCAAGUUCUGGAGUGUACGUCUCAUGUUUGACAGGUCUUAUUGAGGAAACUUUCAGGUAUUGAUGGAAGAGUAAGAGUUUCAUGAAGCAUGAAAUAUGUGAAGCUACAGUGGGCUUUCACUCACUGACUUGAACCAAGAAAAAUGUUUUGCUCCCCGCAAUACCAAAACGAUUGAAUGAAAUUGCUGUCACAGCCAGCAAUGGACGCUCUGCCAAUUCUUUGUUCUGCAAAACCUCAUUCUGCCGUUGCUGCUGUUAUUGGUGACAUUUUACCCUGUUCCAAGAAGUUAUUUUUCCCAUUGAUAAAUGUAAAUGCUUUGCGAUGUCUUUAGUUUGGAGCUCAUUCGUGCUUGUUGUUAGGUUCAAUAAAUUGAAUUGUGAAUUAAAGUGAUUUUGGCAUCUG